ACGAGACGCUAUUAAUGCACGCUGUGAGGUACGGCGCACCAGAUGAUGUGUUGGAGAAUAUGAUUGAAACGGCAACAGUUGAGUGUUUAGAACACCAGCAGUCUUUUGGUUUCACUAUUCUCCAAUACUUGGCGCUCAACGCACGCGCGUCAGCAAUGAGACGCGUGUUGGAAAAAAACAACAAGAACAUUAACACGCAAGACGGAUGGGGACGCACACCACUACAUGAAUGUCUACAGAAGAAGGAGCUGACGCACGAGCAACACAAGGAACUCGCAAUUCUGAUGAUCACCUUCGGUGCGUCGGUGACAAUAAAAAAUGAGUCUGGAAAGACGCCUCUUGAUGAGUAUGAUGAUAACGAAUGUAAAAGAUACGAAGAAUCCACAAGAAGAGAGAAAAAGACAAAAUUAAAAAAUUUACUUGAAGAACUAUCAGUUCCGUCAGAGAUUUUAGCCAGGGGUCCCGAUGCCGUCAAAGCAUUCAAAGAUGCACUUAAAAACGGUGAAAUAACAGUUGUUAAUUCAAGACUGAUGUUCCUAGGUAACGAGGGUUCUGGAAAAACAUCUUGUGUCAAAGCCAUGCUUGGGAAAGAGUAAGUACAAUCGGAUGUAUUAGGUUUUGUACUUUAUAUCGAUUUAC